AUGUUCGAUAUCCUCAGGGAUGGUGAUGAAGAACACACUAAACUCGUACUCUCCAAGAGAUUAGAGAUUGAAAGCACGAUUUACACCGCUAUUAAAAGUCAACCGAUUGGAAAUAGUAGAAUCAUUCAAAUCGAAUUAUCAAUGGAGAACAGAUUGGUAUUGAAAGAUCAUUUUAGAGAUUCAAUCCAAUCUUAUGCUGAAGGAAUAGUUCUCAAAUAUUCAGUUCAAUAUAUAGUUUCAAAUGCCAAAAACACCUAUGACGAUGAUGAUGACAACAAUAACAACAUAAAUGAUAAUAGUAAUCAUAAAAGUAGAAAAUCAUCUUAUUCUUCUAUUCUUAAAAUCAAAGCAAAUCAAGAAACUAAAGAUAUAUAUCAUAACUAUACUGAUAUGGUUACAGAGCAACAAGAUAAAUUAAGAUAA